AUGUUCACCUUCCCUUUACCGCUCUUUUAUUUCCUCAUCCUCUUCUCCACCACCGCAGCCCAACCAUACAAACCCACAGACUACUUCUUCCUCAACUGCGGUGGUGCAACCACCACCUCUGACCGGAAAUGGGACACCGAUGAAAAAUCCAAAUUUAUCUCCUCCGCCACCUCCUUCACCUCCACCCCAAACAACCGCGACCCUUCCGUCCCAGAAAUCCCAUACUCCACAGCGCGAAUCUUCAACACUUCAUCAUUUACCUACAUUUUUCCGGUGGCCAACGGCCCUAAAUACCUCCGCCUCUAUUUCUACCCCGCCACAUACUCCCACCACAAUGCAAACCAAUCUUUCUUUUCGGUAUCAUCCAACGGUUACUCUCUCUUAUCUAACUUCAGUGCUUUCCUAACCGCAUCUUAUCUAGCAACUAGCCUCGGUGGCAAUCCCCCAGUUCCCCACUUUAUCAAAGAAUUCAUUAUCUACGUAAACAAUACCCAAUCAUUAAAUGUCACUUUUACCCCCUCCCCCAACUCGUACGCUUUCAUUAAUGGUAUCGAAAUCGUUUCACUCCCUGAAAACUUAUAUCAUAAAUCAACGAGUGUGAAAUACGUCGGUCAACAUUCUGGACUAAUAAUCGCAGAGAACACGGGUCUCGAGAAUAUUUACAGGUUAAACGUCGGUGGGGGACAGAUUUCUCCAACUGCUGAUACUGGGAUGUAUCGAUCAUGGGAUCAAGACGAUAGAUACGUGUUCCCAGUAUCAGCUAUGGGGAUAACGCCAGUUAACAAGACUCCAAUCGUCUACACUGCCAACACACCGAAUUACACAGCACCUGAGUUGGUUUACGCUACACAAAGGAGUAUGGGAAAUUUGUCUCGACAUUACAAUCUGACGUGGCUACUUCCGGUGGAUUCCGGGUUUUAUUACAAGCUUAGGCUCCACUUCUGUAAUAUUAUCCCGCAAUAUACGAAACAGGGUGCAGUGGUAUUUAGCAUUUUUAUUAAUAAUCAAACGGCUGAAGAUCAAGCCGAUGUUUUUUACUGGAGUGGAGGUACCGGGCUUCCUGUGUUUCAGGAUUAUGUCGUAUUUGUGUACGAUUUUGAUGGUAGUGGAAGAAAACAAGACUUAUGGCUCGCGAUGGCUCCUAACAGUAAAGCUGCGGAUGAAUAUGGUGAUGCUUUUUUGAACGGUUUAGAAGUUUUCAAGAUUAGUAUGGGCGGUAAUCUUGCUGGCCCCAACCCGGAGCUCAGCCUUACACCGCCACCACCACUGCCACCUUCCAUAAAAGAGAACAAGAAAACUCUGCCGUAUGCCACCAUAAUUGGUGGCACUGGCGGGGUGUUACUUAUACUCUUGGCUUUAGGUUUUAUAGUUUUCCGGCACAGACGAGUAAAACAAGGUGGUGCAACAGAUGAGAAGCCCUAUUCCAAUGAACUAAAUUCUAAAGAUUCCGGCCUUCCGUCGGACAGGUGUCGCCGGUUUACAAUCAAGGAAGUGAAAGAUGCCACCGGAGAAUUUGAUGAAAAUUGUGUUAUUGGGAAAGGAGGGUUCGGUAUGGUGUACAAAGGGUACAUCGACAAUUUUACCACCGUGGUUGCAAUCAAAAGGCUAAAAGAGACAUCAAGUCAAGGUUCUCAUGAGUUCCAAACCGAAAUCGGUUUUCUAUCAAAACUACGCCAUGUUCAAUUAGUUUCAUUAAUCGGAUACUGUAAGGACGAUGGCGAAAUGAUACUUGUGUAUGAUUACAUGUCUCAUGGGACAUUACAGGAUCAUUUAUACAAAAGAAACAACGCUCAUUUACCAUGGAAACUACGUUUACAAAUUUGCAUCGGUGCAGCUAGAGGUUUACAUUAUCUUCACACAGGUGCAGAUCGUGCGAUUAUUCAUCGCGAUGUGAAGUCGACUAAUAUUUUGCUCGAUGAGAAUUGGGUUGCGAAAGUGGCGGAUUUUGGUUUGUCAAGGUUAGGACCAAAAGAGAAAGGGGUAGAUCAUGUUAGUACAGCUGUGAAAGGGACAUUAGGGUAUAUGGAUCCUGAAUAUUACCGAAUGCAACAACUUACCGACAAAUCUGAUGUUUAUUCAUUUGGGGUUGUCUUGUUCGAAGUGUUGUGUGCUAGACCUGUGAUCAUACACCGGGGUUUGCCGGAUGAGGAGGUGAAUUUGGCUGAAUGGGGUAGGGUAAACUAUCGAAAGGGGACGCUGAAUGAGAUAGUUGAUAAGAGAAUAAGUGAUGAGAUUGCUCCUAAUUGUUUGUUGAAGUUUGGUGAGGUGGCGAAUAGUUGUAUAAGAAUGAAAGGAAGUAAACGACCGAAGAUGGAUGAAGUUGUUUGGGGUUUAGAGUUUGCGUUGCAGUUACAACAAGCUGCGGAGAAGACAGGUGGCGUUGUGGGUGAGUUGAAAGGUGGCGCGUGGGGGAGUGAUCAAGAUUUUUUGUAUCCUAUGCAAGUUGAGACGACUAUAUCUUCAGCGUCAACUGCAGCAGCAAUACAACAUGGUAUGUCGUCGAAUGACAGCAGCGGUGGAGGGUUUGAGUCAGACACGUAUUUCACGCAGCCGAGUGAUGUUUCAAAAGAUACUUGUACGGUAGGUGGGUGA